AUGUUCGAAAAUUGGUGGCGUCAAACUUCCAAAGAACCAUCACAAGUCCUUUCAACCUACCGUAGCGAGUAUAAAAAGGAGCUCAAGUAUUUUUUAAAUAGCACCGAUAACAAAUUCUCAUGGAUUGAUUUUCUAAAGUUUCUCGAGAAACAAGGUCUAUCUCAAAGUCAACAAAAAGAUAAUGCACUACAGAAAAUUGUUAAGAUUCAUUUCAGAGGACGAAAGCUUAUCACAAAAUAUCAGACAAAUUACCCUGGAGCAAAACAGCGAAGCGAAAAUAAGAGUAAGCAAGCAAUUAAACAAAGAAAUAAUGUUACGAAGUAUUGGGCUCAACGAAAAGAGAAUGUUAUAGACAUUGAGCAAUCACCUACGAGUGUGAACGAAGGAUUUGAGAUCAAUCUGAAUACGAUCGCUAUAACUUUACAAGAAUUUGUUGAGAAAGCAAGAAAAGGACAUAAGUUUAUUCAUGGAAGAUUGUACGCUCGGAGAAUACUUUUUAUGACAGCGAUGGAAUUUGAGUUCCUGAGUCCUAAACUAGUUGCGCAAGAAAAAAAAGUAGGAAUACCCAGUAGAGAACAGUUUCCAUUACGAAUACAGAUGAAUUAUAUGUCUUGUGAAAAGACACUUUUGAACAACUUCCUACUAAAUUCGAUCACGUUAAAUAUUCUUAAAAAUAUUCGAUCUUGGGGUUUGAUUUCGUAUGGAGACAGGGAUGCACACCAAGGAUUACAUUGUGAUCUAUAUACAAUGCGACAAAGUGAUGCAGGGGUCUUUUUAUGGACUCUGGUGGAUACUGCCUCUUUACCAUUGCCCAAUAUGAGCAAAAAAAUUUUGUCAUUUUCCUCCAUUGUAGAAACGAUGUUGUUGAUGGCUGUAUCGAAUACAUUAAAUCAAACGAUAGGCGGUGGCUCAGUAAUUUCAUCGGCUAAUUCGAUAACGGAAGAAGAAUUAGAAAGAACAUAUAAUAGAGAUGGAGAUGAUUCGAGUAUUCUCCACGGGGCAUCUUUUUGUCGUCAACCAUGGUUGGCCAUGUCCGUAUCUGUACAUUUGAUUAGCAAAGAUGUUUUCAUGGAUCGUGGAAAAUCAGAUUUGAGCAGGACUCGUAGGUUUACUUGUUCUAUAAUAUACUGUUUGGUCCAUGAGUUUGUGGCUUACAUUAAUUCUUUUAACACGUUACAGAUAUUCGGACCCAUCGAGGUUGUCCGAGCACGAGCACUGUUAUAUGUUCAUCCAAUUACUCUUCCAUUGUUUCUUGGUUCUGAAAGAGUUUCAGUGCCAGAUACCUCCCCCCUUUUCCGAAAAAUUUGCGAUCGGUCACCAAGAUCAAAGUGGUGA